UUUAAUUCUUAUUCUAGCUGUUUACAAUUUAUUAGCGACAUAACCCAAUUUAAACUUGAAGAUAUAUGUUUUUUCAACACUUAUUAAAUUUUAUAUUUAUAUUUUUAAAAUGCUAUGUGUAUUCAAAAGACUUACCUUACAUGAUGUAAUAAAAAUUCCAGUGAGAUACAAAAAUCCUCCUCAUCACUGGUCUAUUCUUAGAAAAAAGAAAUCGGCUAGUCAAAAGGCACUUGAACAUUUUGAUAGUCUGUACCCUGAUAUUUAUGGGGAUUUGUGGCAAAACAUUAGGUCAGCAUUGCUUGUUGAAAAUCGCAAUUAUAUUGCUGUUGUUAACAAUUACAGUGAUACUAAGAGGAUAUGCGAAGAUCUAGAGAAUCUUGGAGCUAUAAACGUGAAAAGUAUUUUCGAUAUAAACAGAGCAAAUUCAAAAGUAGAGAGGGUAAAAGAAGAUAUUGAUAAUUUAAAUAAAAAUGAAGAUCUUAUUUCAAUAGAUAAUGGAAUAGACAAUUCAAGUUAUUCAAAUGAGGAAAAUCAUCUUAAUGAAGAAUUGAAAGAUUUAAAUGAGCCUUUUAAAGGUUUUCCACUUCAAUCAAUUGAAAAAGAUAUACAUAUACAAAAUGAUAAUCGUAUUAUAAAAUCAUCGGUUGGUAUAUCGGCAUCUCAGUUAUUUGAAUUUAUUCCACCAUCUCAAAUCAAAGGUAUGGAUGACUUUGUUUUUGAGUCCGAUCAAUAUAUUAAUUACAAUAAAGGAGCAGAUUUUUCUAUUAAAAUUGAAGAAGAACAAAAUUUUAAUUUUCCUGAUAUGCUCUUUCUUUAUACAUUUGACAAUGAAGAUAAUGAAAGAUUUCCAAUGCCAAAAAUGGGAUCAACCGGAGUUAUAGAUUAUUUUGUUGUAGAUAGUGCUUCUAUUUUACCAGUAUUAUCGCUAGAUUUACAGCCUGGUGAUAAAGUAUUAGACAUGUGUGCCGCACCUGGUGGAAAAGCUCUAAUAGCCUUACAAACUAUGAUCCCAGAAAUGAUAGUGGCUAACGAUUUACAACAAUCCAGAGUAAAAAGAAUAAAAUAUUUUUAUAAAUCAUUUGUCAGCAAUUUUGAAGACUCGAAUAACAAAUUCAUCAUUACGCAAGGCGAUGCCAGAUUGUUGAAUGAUAAAAAUAUUUAUAAUAAGAUAUUAGUGGAUGUGCCUUGCACAACAGAUAGACACACUCUUCAUGAAGAUGAUAAUAAUAUUUUUAAAUCAUCUAGACUCAAAGAAAGAUUAAAAUUACCUGAAAUUCAAACAGAAAUUUUAGUAAAUGCUCUAAAACUUGUUACUUGUGGUGGCACAGUUGUAUAUUCAACAUGCACGUUAAAUCCUAUUCAAAACGAUGGUGUAGUACAAAUGGCUCUUAAAACAGUUUACGAAGAAUGUAACAGCACCUUUGUAGUAAAAGAUCAGGCACCGUCAUUGUAUCCCUUGCAUUAUCUGUAUGAAUUUGCAAAUUGUGGACUAAGAUACGGCCACAUUGCUGUUCCAACGAAGACAAAGAACAAAGGUCCACUAUAUUUUUGCAAAAUGAUUAAAGUUCAAUAAAGCGAGUGAGUCAAUUUUAAUAAGGAAUUAUUAUAUUUCUUUUUAAUUACUUUUAUACAUUGUAUAUCUAUACUUUUUCCAAUGAUAAUCAAUUGCCGUAGACUUUACUUUAGAGGAGUGAAAAAAUAUUUAAAUUAUUCAGCUAAAUU